UAAAACUGCUGGAGAUUACAGUGGUGAUGCGGUGAAUAUUCCAGAAGUUGUAUUGGGUCUACUUCAACUACUAAAGUAGGCUCCUUUAGUCUUACAGGACGUAGCCUAUAUUUCUUGCUUUUUCAUUUUUGCAACAGUUAAAGUGCACGAUGUUCUGCUUGGGUUCUGUUUGGCAUUUCUGUCUUUUUGCUUGUCUUUUGACUCCUAUUUACCCCACAAUAAGAGCAUUUGUGGAAACAAGUUUGCCAACACGUUCCCCUAAAACGAACGUUUGGCAUCGUGUAGGAGUAAUUGCUUCGGAAAAAACUACAAAUACAAAAACAGCAAAAGUCCCUAAACUGAACAACCACAAAUCAGAAUUUUCUAGACAUCCAAAUAUGGAGUCAAAUAAAAAUAUACCUCCAAAGGCUGAAGCUCGAGCGAACUUAGAUGGAGUAAUUGGGAAUGAAGCACACGGCUCUAUGGAAGUCGUCCAAAGAAAAGGUUUCAAGUAUUCUUUCGUGGAUUUCAGAAAGUACCAUCGUUUCUUUGACGUUAGAAAUGUGGAAAAUCACACAAAGUUUUAUGACAAAAUCGAUGGCCUUACAUUUGUGAGGACAAAACGAAGUUCGGGUACAAAACUGGCAGAGGAUUCAGAUAGGAGUACCUUUGAAGAGACGCAUUCAAGUGAGCGGCUUUUGGAGUCUGUGCAUGGUCUUUACGGAUCGAGGACUGAAUACCGGCGUACCGGAGAUGAUGCUAGAGGGACUGGCUCGAGGCAAAGUGAGCCGCAUCUGGUCAGCUCCACUUUCGCUCUUUUCGGAGACUCGGCGCAUAACCAAGCGAUGGUGCACUGGUCCGGACACAACAGCAGCGUCAUCCUGAUCCUGACCAAGCUUUAUGACUUCAACCUGGGAGCUGUCACAGAGAGCUCUCUCUGGAGAUCUGUGGACUUUGGAAGCACUUACGUAAAGCUGAACGACAAAGUCGGUUCACGGACAGUUCUGAGCUAUCUUUAUGUCUGUCCAACUAACAAGAGAAAGAUAAUGAUGCUUAGCGACCCAGAACUCGAGAGCAGCGUACUCAUCAGCUCAGACGAAGGAGCCACUUUUGAGAAGUUUCCGGUUAACUUCUACAUUCAGAGUCUGCUUUUUCAUCCAGCGCAAGAGAACUGGAUACUGGCAUACAGUCACGACAGCAAGUUGUACAGUUCAAUGGACUUUGGAAGAAAAUGGCAGCUGGUUCACGAGAAUGUGAUGCCUGGAAGAUUCUACUGGGCAGUAAUGGGUCUGGACAGAGAAUCUGAUGUGGUCCACAUAGAGACCCGUAUCGCCAAAGGACGAGCUCACUAUGUAAAGUGCAGAGCUCAACGCUGCACAGAAGCUAACAGGCAGUACUUAUUCCCCGGUCAUGUAGACACCAACUCACUGGUGGUGCAGGAUGAAUAUGUGUUUGUGCAGGUGACCAAAUCCGGACGAGCAAGCUACUUUGUGUCUUACAUGGGAGAAUCGUUUCAGCAAAUGAAACUACCUAAAUACUGUUUACCCAAGGACAUGCACAUCAUCAGCACAGAUGAGAAGCAGGUAUUUGCAGCUGUCCAGGAAUGGAACCAGAACAACACCUACAGCUUGUAUAUAUCCGAUCCUUCUGGGGUCUACUUCACCCUGUCUCUGGAGAACUUAAGGACCAGCAGAGGCCCUGCCGGCAACCUCCUGGUCGACUUUUAUAAGGUCGAAGGGAUAAAUGGGAUGUUUCUAGCCAACAAACUGGUGGAACAACAGGUAAAGAGCUUCAUCACCUACAACAAGGGGCAAACUUGGGCCCUGCUGCCAGCCCCCAACACUGAUGUAGCAGGAAACAACCUCCACUGUGUCCUCCCAUUUUGUUCUCUGCAUCUGCACUUGGAGAUGUCUGAGAACCCCUACACCUCCGGGCGCAUCUCCAGCAAAGACCUGGCACCGGGGAUCAUCGUAGCCACAGGCAACAUUGGUACAGAGCUGUCCUCCACCAACCUUGGGAUGUUUAUAACAUCCGAUGCGGGGAAUAGCUGGAGACAGAUUUUUGAAGAAGAACACAACGUUUGGUUCCUUGACAAUGGAGGUGCUUUACUGGCUGUCUUACAUGCAACUGCUCCCAUUAGACACUUAUGGAUCAGCCUUGAUGAGGGUAAAAAGUGGGAUCGUCACAGCUUCUCCCUGGCCCCCCUGUUUGUGGACGGAGUCCUGAUGGAACCAGAGUCAGAGAACCACAUCAUCACAUUCUUCGGCCACUUUAGCCAUCGGUCAGAAUGGCAGCUGAUAAAGAUUGACUACAAGGGCAUCUUCAGCAGGAGAUGUAUGGAUGGAGAUUACCAGACAUGGCACUUACACAACAAGGGAGAGCCGUGUGUGAUGGGUGAGAAGCAGAUCUAUAUGAAGCGUCGGCCUGGGAACCGUUGCAUGCUGACCCAGGAUUACUCCAGGGUCUCCUCCUCGGAGCCAUGCCUCUGCAGAGCCUACGACUUUGAGUGUGACUAUGGCUAUGAACGUCAAGCCAACGGAAAGUGUUCCUCCGCUUUUUGGUUUGACCCAAACACAGCCACUAAAACCUGUAGCACGAGUCAGAGCUACCUCAACAGCACCGGAUACAGGAAGGUUUUGUCCAAUAACUGCAAAGAAGGCGGGAAGGAGGUAUUCUCACCCAGGAAACAGCCGUGUCUCCCUCGACCGCCCCGAGGCCUCCGAUUGGCUACCAGUCAGGGGGAGCUCAUGGCUCCUGUGGGAAGCAACGUGACUUUCCUAGUGCAUCUGGAGGACGGAGACUCACUGAGGACCAAUAUCCAGCUGGACUUUGGGGACGGGAUCACGGUCACCUACUCUAAUCUGAGCCGGACAGAUGAUGGAAUCAAGCACACGUACAAGUCCGCUGGGAUUUACAGAGUAACGACCCACGCGGAAAACAGCCAGGGUUCUGUCACCAGCUCCUUAUUCCUGCACAUCACCAGUCCUGUGGAGCGUGUGUAUCUGUCAGCUCCCAUAGUGGCCAUCAGGAGAAAGGAGGCCAACCUCACAGCGGUGGUGUGGCCCAGCCAGUCCAGAACACUCACUUUCUUCUGGUGGUUUGAGAACAGCUCUGAGCCGAUAAUAACCUUGGAGGGAAGCAUCUCGUAUACGUUUGUGAGAGAAGGAAUCACAAAAGUCACAGUCCAGGUAUCCUCUGGAGGCUUCAUACUGCAGGAUACCAAAGUCAUUGCUGUUAAAGAAUUCUUCAAAUCUCUGCUGUUGUCAUUCUCCCCGAUGCUUGACGAACACAAUCCUGACAUCCCUGAGUGGAGAGAAGAUGUGGGCCGUGUAGUGAGGACAGCUUUAUCACAGGUGUCUGGUUUUCCCGAGGAGCAGCUGCUAGUGGCGUUGUCUCCUGGCCUUCCCACAGCAGCAGAACUGUUCAUCCUGCCUGACGCGCACACACCGCCUGAACACAGGAAGAAGAGCGAAGAGGCUUUAGUGAGUAUAUCGGACAUUCUUGUAAACGCGUUGAACCAAGGCUUGAUCCAGUUUGAGUUGAAAGCUGACACUCGGAUCAUCGUUUAUAUCACACAGCUGACCUUGGCGCCCCUGGUUGACUCCAACCCCAUCCACAACAGCUCUGCCAUGCUGAUGCUGCUGUCUGUGGUGUUUGUGGGUUUAGCCGCCUUCUUCAUCUACAAGUUCAAAAGGAAAAUUCCCUGGAUCCAUGUGCAGACAGAGGACAGCCAUGAGAAAGAGCCAGAGGUGAUUGGCACGGUCGGUCAGAAUGACAACAUGUCCAAGGUCAAACUCAGCGAGUUUUCCUCACCCAAGGAAAUCAUGGAGAAGGACCUGGAGGCGAGGAGCAGAGGAAUGGCCCGUAAUGUGGAGAGAGUGAUCACAAGGGAGUUUCCUAACUGUACUAAUGUCUGAGGCUAUCACUCAGUACCAAGUAUGUUUCAAUUGUGCCAGUUUGGUUUGCUUAGUUGACAAUAUUUAUGUUUCACCCAGGUAACUGCUACUGUAUUGAGUCAUGUUUUAACACAUACAGUAUAUGCUCAAUAUGUAUUUCAACUAUACUUUCUAAAGAUGUAUCUAGAUUGUGAGUCUUUUAUGUACAUACAUUAUUUAAGAAUGUAGAAAUCACUACAUUGUGGAUUUUUGUCUGAUAUGAGCCCGAAAAAUUGAUUGACCGAAUAGGUUUGCUUUACAAGGAAAAUGUGUUUUUUAUGUCAGAUAGCUUUGUGAAAAAAUACUUAAGAUGACUAUGAUUGUCUUUCUAAUGUUCACUUUACUAACUGUAAGUUGACUUACUAUACCACUGCACAUAGAUUGAAUGUAAUUAUACAUUUAAUUCACUUGGUGAAAGAAAUAGGUAAGAACUAGACCUGUUCAAGAAGUGUACAAUGAGAAGUGUUUUAUUAUAAAUGGCUAUUUACAAAAGCAAAAUCCGUAUAUUAAGCAGAAGUCUAAAUGAAUGGAGCUGUACAUUUAGAAGUCUUGUAGUCAUUUUACAAUGUUGUACGUGAAAUGUUGUUUAUAUUUUUUUGCAUGCCAUAUUUCACCAAUGCCAUUUUAGAAUGUG